GUACGUAUUUCCGGCGCGCCGCGCCCCGCUGCCCGACUCUCUGGGAGCCUUUUCCGCCCCCGCUUCGGACCGGCGCGAUGGGCAAGAAGGGCAAGAAGGAGAAGAAGGGCCGCGGGGCGGAGAAGACGGCCGCCAAGAUGGAGAAGAAGGUGUCUAAGCGCUCGCGGAAGGAGGAGGAAGACCUAGAAGCUCUGAUAGCCCAUUUCCAGACACUGGAUGCCACAAAGACUCAGAUCGUGGAGACACCGUGCCCCCCACCUUCACCAAGGUUGCAUGCCUCACUCUCUGCUCACCCUGAGAAAGACGAAUUAAUCCUUUUCGGAGGUGAAUAUUUCAAUGGCCAAAAAACGUUUAUGUAUAAUGAACUGUAUGUCUACAAUAUCAGGAAGGACACCUGGGCCAAAGUGGAGAUCCCCAAUCCACCUCCAAGGCGCUGUUCUCACCAGGCUGUGGUGGUGCCUCAGGGUGGAGGACAGCUGUGGGUCUUCGGAGGGGAGUUUGCUUCUCCCGACGGAGAGCAGUUCUACCACUACAAGGAUCUCUGGGUGCUGCAUUUGGCCACUAAGACCUGGGAGCAAGUAAGAUCCACAGGAGGCCCUUCAGGUCGGAGCGGACAUCGGAUGGUAGCCUGGAAGAGACAGCUAAUCCUUUUUGGUGGCUUCCAUGAGAGUACAAGAGAUUACGUCUACUACAGUGACGUGUAUGCCUUUAACCUGGACACGUUCACGUGGAGCAGACUGUCCCCAUCAGGUGCUGGGCCCACACCUCGCUCGGGCUGCCAGAUGUCCGUCACCCCCCAGGGCAGCAUCGUCAUCUAUGGGGGCUACUCGAAACAGGUAAGACACGGCAGGCAGGGAACCCGGAGCUCCUCUCUGUUGCCUUUUUCACUUUCACCAGUCACGGAAACUUCCAAAAGGAUUGUGAAUUAGUUUAAUAGAAACACU